GACUUACUGAAGAACGUUUGGAUUCACUGCGAUAUUAUUUUCUUGGGAAGCUGACAGAAUUCGGACAUUUCGGACUUGGACUCCACUCAUAUGACUGGGUUCUUUUGACAUCCAAUGCCGAGGGACUCCCACAACGACAUCUGAGAUGGCCGUACCUUCGACAAGACCUGAGUGAUUUUUAUCAUACACUCAUACUCAAGAAUAGAACAGCAAGGUACCAGAGUGCCAACAAGGUCCAGCACCCUAAAAGGAGAAUGUUGACUUUUUGGAUCCUGGACGCGGAAUGACCACUGUUCAUCCUCCAAGGCUCAAGCAGCUACGUUCACGACUUCAGUUAAUUUGUCAGUGAAACAGUUUCUUUUUUUGGCCGUUGUCUGUUUGGAAUCUACCGAGUUAUCUUGGAGACACUCUGCUUGAAACGUUGGAGAGAUUCGAAACAUCUCCUUCACCUUUAAAGCAGCGGUGAGAUCGCACGCUCAUGUUCUGCAGGACUGUCGAUUCUGUUAGCGGAAUUACGUAGCCUCCCAUUAGCGAGGCCUUUUUCACACGGGGGGUGACAACAGAACCACCCCCCCCCCCCCACACACACAGCACCAUCACCACCACCCCCACCAUUAAAUUUGCCUCACUGACUCAGCCCCAGUUCGAGGACAGACCCUCCCCCCAAACCAAUGGCAUGGGUCAAGUUCUUCAGGAAGCAGGGGGGCAACCUUGGCAAGUCCUACCAGCCAGGGAGCAUGCUGUCCUUGGCCCCCACCAAGGGACUGCUAAAUGAACCAGGACAGAACAGUUGCUUCCUCAACAGUGCAGUGCAGGUACUGUGGCAGCUUGACAUCUUUAGGCGUAGUCUGAGACAGAUCUCCAGCCACAACUGUUUGGGGGAUUCUUGCAUCUUCUGUGCAUUGAAGGAGAUCUUCUCGCAGUUCAAACACAGUCGAGAGAGAGCCUUGCCCUCAGAUAACCUGCGACACGCCCUGGCAGAGAGCUUCAAGGAUGAACAGCGCUUCCAGUUAGGCUUCAUGGACGACGCUGCUGAGUGCUUUGAGAACAUUCUGGAGAGAAUACAUCUGCACACUGUACCUGAAGUUGAAAUAGAUUCUUGUACAUCAAAGUACUGUAUCACACAUCAGAAGUUUGCCAUGACCCUCUACGAACAGUCUGUGUGCCGGAGCUGCGGAGCCUCGUCUGACCCUCUGCCCUUCACCGAGUUAGUACAUUAUGUGUCCACCACAGCCCUCUGCCACCAGGCGAUUGACAGGAGACCUGACACAUUUGGGGAGCUUUUACAGGCAGCCAGCAGCAGUGGAGACCUACGCAACUGCCCUAGCAACUGCGGCCAGAGGAUCAAGAUCCGGCGUGUGCUGAUGAACUCGCCCGAGAUCGUGACCAUAGGAUUCGUGUGGGACUCGGAGCAGUCGGACCUCACAGACGACGUCAUUCGCGCCCUCGGCCCGCACCUCAACCUCUCAGGGCUCUUCUAUCGUGUCACGGAUGAGUUUGCCAAAAAAAGUGAGCUGAGCCUGGUUGGGAUGAUCUGCUACUCCAGUAGACACUACUGCGCCUUCGCUUUCCACACCAAGUCUUCCAAAUGGGUCUUCUUUGAUGAUGCUACAGUCAAAGAGGUUGGGUCAAGGUGGAAAGACGUGGUCAGCAAAUGCAUUAAGUGUCACUUCCAGCCCCUCCUGCUGUUUUACUCGAACCCUGACGGCAGCCCCGUGACCACAGAUGAGACCCCACGCCAAAACGGUUCCUGGAACCUCUCCAAGAACUCCAUCAACGGUGAAGCACCAGGUACGUUGUUACCUGGCCCGAAGAAGCUGGAGCUGACCAAGGAAAAUGUGAACGCUUUGACGGCCAGCCACGGUACCCUAAAGAAGUCCCAACCUCUCUCCAUCUUCAGUCGAGGCAACAACCAGACGAGCGGAGGCAGGGGCCCGGUGAAGAUCCCAAGAGCUGAGGAUCCCAGGAGCCGGCACCGGGAACUCUCCAAGGAAGUUGCCAGGGAAGCAAGAGCCAUUAACCUCAUAAAGAAAGACUCGGACAGGAGCCAGAGAAAACUGGAAACGUUAAGGCACCGAGAUGGACCCUCAGAGAGAGGCUACUCCCGUUCGCUCUCCCCCCCUGAGAAUGGCUUCAAACAUGUAGAACAGAGGCUGUACAGCAGCCAGGGCAGAGGUCCCACCCGAGCUGAACGCCCCCCCCACGGCGGAGGACGGUUGGCCCACGAACCUCGGUCUCACUCCCAGCCUCGCAUGGCGGCGCACGCUCCCCCCCGCCGGCCGGAGGUCUCCAACGGCUACGACACGGACAGCAGCCAGGACUCGCGCGAAAGGCACAACGGCGGCCCCCGGAACCGCGUCAACAGGGCCUGGAGGCCGAUGCGGGAAGCCCUCAACGUGGACAGCAUACUGAGCGGAGGCAGCGGAGGCGGCGGCGACGACAGGCAGAUCCAGAGCCCACGCAGACACGUCCCCGGCCACGAGAGACCCCCGUACGAGGACCGAGAGCCACCCUGGGGGGGCCACGACAGUCGCAAACCCAAAAGUCUGAUGACUAUUUACGAGGACGAGCAAAGGCACGAAACGGGCAGCCACAGCUCCUUAGAGUCAGAGGGUCGAGGACCCCAAGAGCAAGAGAGGACUAAGAGCAUGGCUAAUAAUCUAAAAGUGCGCAACGACAACUGGAAGAUCCAACGCACUGAGUCAGGGUACGAAAGCAGCGAUCGGCUCAGUAACGGCUCAGCCAAUCUGGACUCUCCCGUGGUAGAGAACCUGGGCGGCAAAGAGCUUCGGACCAUACCGGAGAUACACCUGUCAAGGGACUCCAAUCAUUACAGGAGAUACGAUGACUCAAAAGGAGAGGCCCUGCGCUCAUCUUUUUCUCAUGGUGACCAGCAAGGGAAAGACUUCGACCACCACUUGGGCAAUCAUUUUCAAAGGAGACGAGCUUUCAGAUACAACUCUGAUAAUUCGGACAGGAGGGAGGAGGCAGACGAAGAUUCAGAGGACAAGAUAAAUGGCGGCACCGUCCCUCCCUUCCUGACCAAAACCAGCAGCUCGGAGUGGAACAGCUCUGACGAUCUCUCAGGACCUUUCUCCGAGCAGGAAAACCAUUAUUACAACGUCGCCCCACCACUGCCCCCAAAACACUACACACUGAGAUCCAAUGACAGGUGGCACCAUACCCAGGAACCUUCUCAAACCAGCCCUCGACUCCUGCCCCGAAACAGCUCCUCUCUACCCCGGACGAGCCUCCAAAAAUGGAUGGAAACCUCUCCUGAGUCUAACAUGCUCUCCUCGGACAGCAGCUCCAAAUCAGGCUCCUCAGACCACGAGAGGACUGACCAAUCUGCUAGUGAGAGUGAGGAGAAGCACACAAGUUCCAGACCUCGGGGCGAAUCACCUGGAACGGGCGACCGGGUUCUGCCCACCACUUACUUUUCCGUCGACAACUGCAUGACGGACACCUACAGGACCAAAUACCACAAACGACCUGCCUUGUACAUGAUGCCAGGUUCUAAAAGCGGGGAUCACACAUCAUCAGGAGAGAGUGACCAUGGGGACGGGAUAUUUCCUGCACCAAUGGACUCACCAUCCCCAGAACCGUCAAAUGCCAAACCUGAGACAGGAUAUACUACCGCUAAGGCCCCAGCAAAAUGGUAUCCUAUCUCAGUGAAAGGACUGGACGAACAUGGUUUCCUAUGAUGGCUUAUACUGAAUGGUCACAAACAUGACGACUGAAUACAAAAUUCAGACUCGGAUCUGUACGCCAAAGAGAUUGGAGCCCCGGCCUUGUGGUUCUUAACAGGAGACGGCAUAAAGACCAUUGUUUUUCCCUCGGUACUGUUGGACUGCAGAGCAUCAGUCUGAGGAGAAUGUUCAUGGCAGUAUGAUGUUUUGUAUGUUUGCACAUUCGGAGUCUUGCCCAGGAUAAUCUUCUGGAGGUCACCCUCAGUCUGGA